CGGCCCCAAAUCCCCCACACAAACUGAAUCCAUCCAUGACUAACGACUUGUUAUUAGACCGCCCCCAGGACGACAGUAUCAUGGAUAUCGGGCAGAACUGCUCCAAAUGCCAUCAGCUCGACUUUCUCCCGUUCCGCUGUGAAUACUGUAAGUUGGUGUUUUGUGCCGACCACAGGAGACUCCAAGACCACCAGUGUCCACAUUUACAGGCGCUUGAAUCGCAAAACAUACGUCCUCGCAGCCCCAAGCGCAUACCCCAUGGGCCCACGGCGGCAUCGCUCUUCCCGGACCGUGAGAAGGACCGGGCUAAGAUCAAUUCUCUAAUAGAGAGGCCAACAAAGCCCACUUCAAUCCUCGAAACCAGCUUUCGAGUGGGGGAUGUUAAGAGCAAGACCGCCUUCUCCAAGUUCGCCAAGUUCUUGAACCUCCAGAAAAAUAAACGUUUGACCAAACUGGCGAAGAAGAUAUUUGCACCCAAAAAGCCUAGUCCUACGGUAGAGCUUCAAUUACUAAGAAAGAACGCCAAAGGUGACGCCAAAAUCCCCGAUUCUGACCGGGUAUACGUGUGGUGCUUACACGUGAAUGCCCUCGAGGAGGAAGAAGAUAAGUUGACCAAAAUUGAUGUCCACUCCCAAAGAGUCGGCAUAUUUGUCAAUAAAAACUGGCCGAUUGGACGGGCAUUGGACGUGAUCAGUGACGAGCUUCACAUCAAAAAUAAUAACAACAAAACGACCGAGGUCAACGAACGCCUCAAUAUCUUCAAGGUAUCGGAUGAUCAGCCGGUGUUAUUGAAAACGGGGGACCGGUGCAAGGACCUUCGCCAAGGUGAAGUGUUGUACUUGGUCAGGGGAACUGUGUGAGGCCCCAAACCCGACGACUCCAGAUACCACUUCACCUCAUGGACCAGCCCCCAGAACUCCGGUUCACUCCAUUUUAUAAAUACAUUAAUACACUCGCUCGCUGCCU